CGUAAUAUGCGGGGUAACGGAAUGCCGAAUAUAAACCGUUCGUUGUGCCGGCUGUUGUGCUGCUGCAAAUCGCUUCCGAAAAAGAAACAUCCCGGCCUGAACGGGUUCUGGCAGGCCAAGUUGCGAUAUGAGAACGAAAUUUCCCCGACGAUGGUGAAUUGGUACGGUACGAGUAAAGUAUCUAGUGCGACCCAACAAAUGGGGACAAAAUCGUCCCAGGAGGUUCUGACAUCAUCUAUUUUGACGCAGCUACAGCACAAGAAGCAUAUCGAGCGCGUCAAAUUCAGCUGUUACGACGACGCGCCACCGUUUGUCUUCGCAUCGAUUUUACGUGCCCGGAACACAUUGCUACCUUUACAAAAGUAACACCUGGACAUAGUUCCGCCGUCCCAUGCUAACAUCCU